UCUUUUCCUUCUUUAAGUGCUUUUUCACUUUGGACGGAUUGGAAGACCAAAACCGCAAGAGAGAAGGGUACGGCAGCUACAGAUCUCACACCCCCUACACUUUGCUGACCGUGGGACAGGUUUUGAUCACAUAACGGGUUACAGGGGUCGCUUACUGUUCUGGUAACAGAGUUACCAUUUCAUGUUGGGGGGGCAUGCUAGAGAUUUGGAGUAAAAAAACCAAAUACCCAGUAAGAGAAAAGGCCAUUAACACUGAUUUCAUGUCUCUCCCUGCACUUUAUUCUGUUCAAAUUCGAUACUUUGCUGUUUACUAAGAACGAGGAGGCUUAGGCGCUUAGCUGUGUGCGGGAGACAGGGAGAGAGAAAGUGGAGCCUAUAACCUUCGGUCUUAAACGCUGUCUCUCUCUCUCUAAAUACUUUCUUUAUCUCUUUCUAACAGCCACAUUGUCUUGUAAUACUUCAAGAAUCUCUCAUCUAACUUUCACGAAUUAAAGCGAUUGUCUCUCUCUCUCUCGACUCCUCCUCCUCUUGCGCUCAUAUUUUCUGGGCUCUUGCUUGUUUUGUUUCAUUUAACAUAAAAGCAUUAGAAGAGGACACUCUGAGAAACCCAUUUGUUGUUUGGUCUUUCUGGUUCUGUUUUUAGCAAAUUAAGGAAGUCUAUUUCUUGAUUAGUAGACCUACAGAGCCUGUAACAGUGAAAGCUCAAACUUGGGGACGCAGAAUCGCUUAUGAGAUUCUUCAACCUGAAAGUGUUUUUGGUGAUUCUGGGCAGGGCCUAGAAGUUUAGGGAUCGCAGAGAAUACGACAAGAGCUUGUAUGAAGUAGAGCCGAAACAAUGGGAGAUGGAAACUCCAAGAAAAGCAAGCUCUCAUGGUCCAAGAAAAUGGUCCGGAAGUUGUUCAAUAUCAAGAGUAAAAAUGAGGAAUUUCAGGCUGAUGCUGUCUAUGGAGGAGGUGAGGUAGAAUAUAGGACUAGCUUCUCAGAGAGGGAACCAAGCAGAAUCAAAAAGAGCAAAACUGACAAAUUUAGCAGAAAUGGAGAGUCAGGCAGAAGAGGCAGAAUGAAUCUUGACUGCCCGAGGAUCAUAGAGGUGCAGAAUUACAGUAUUUUUGCAGCUACGUGGAAUGUGGCUGGAAGAUCUCCAACAAGUAACUUGAGUAUUGAAGGCUGGCUUCAUGCUUCACCUCCCGCAGACAUUUAUGUUCUUGGUUUUCAGGAGAUAGUUCCUUUAAAUGCUGGCAAUAUUCUGGGUGCAGAAGAUAAUGGCCCUGCUAAAAAGUGGCUGGCUCUCAUUCGAAAGACAUUAAACAGUCUUCCUGGAACUAGUGGAAGCAGUGGACGCUAUACGCCAUCUCCUAUUCCCGAGCCAAUUGCAGAAAUAGAUGCUGAUUUUGAGGGAUCUACAAGGAGGAGGAACCCAUCUUUCUUCCAUCGCAGAUCAUUCCAAACACCCAGCAGCUGGAGAACAGAAAUAGACCAUUCAAUUCCCCAACCACGACUUGAUCGCCGAUAUAGUGUCUGUGAUCGAGUUAUAUUUGGUCACAGGCCAAGCGAUUCUGACCAAAGUUAUAGAUGGGGACAGAGGCCUAGUGAUUAUUCCAGGUCUAGUGAUUAUUCCAGGCCUAGUGAUUACUCUAGGCCCAGUGAUUACUCCCGGUGGGGUUUCUCUGAUGAUGAUAAUGUACCUGUAGAUUCACCAAGUACUGUAUUACACUCGCCGAUGUACUAUGGUGGAUCCGAAUCCACUGAAGAUGGAUAUAGGAUGCCAGGGCAUUCAAGGUACUGCUUGGCUGCAAGUAAGCAAAUGGUUGGAAUAUUUCUCACCAUAUGGGUGAGGAAUGAUCUGAGAGAUCAUGUUAAAAACAUGAAAGUAUCUUGUGUGGGCAGAGGAUUGAUGGGUUACCUUGGAAAUAAGGGAUCUAUUUCUGUCAGCAUGCUUUUGCAUCAAACAAGCUUUUGCUUUGUUUGUAGUCAUUUAACUUCAGGACAGAAGGAGGGUGAUGAGCUAAGAAGAAACUCUGAUGUCGUGGAGAUUCUUAAAAAGACAAGGUUUCCAAAGGUUCGUGGGGUUGGUGAUGAGAAGUCCCCGGAAACAAUCCUCGAGCAUGAUCGAGUUAUUUGGCUUGGGGAUUUGAACUAUCGUAUUGCUCUCACAUACCGAUCUGCAAAGGCACUUGUCGAAAUGCAAAACUGGAGGGCUUUGUUACAAAAUGACCAGCUAAAGAAAGAGCAAAGACGCGGUCGUGUUUUUGUGGGAUGGAAAGAGGGGAAGAUAUAUUUUCCUCCAACUUACAAAUACUCUACCAAUUCAGACAGAUACACGGGAGAUGAUAUGCAUCCAAAGGGGAAACGUCGCACACCUGCUUGGUGUGAUCGGAUACUGUGGCAUGGGGAGGGGCUCCAACAGUUAUCGUAUGUCCGUGGGGAAUCAAGAUUCUCUGAUCAUAGACCAGUUUAUGGCAUAUUUUGGGCUGAAGUUGAGUCAAACCAUAACAACCGAUUGAAGAAAAGCACAAGUUAUUCUAGUUCCAGAAUUGAUGUGGAGGAGCUUCUGCCAUAUGCACACGGAUACACUGAACUGAACUUUUUCUGAAAGAUGUCAUGUCACAAUUCUCCCCCAUUCUUUAGGAGGGCAUCUCUUUAGAGAUUUUUUUUUUGAAGUGCCAUGGAGACAACCAGAAAAAGGUGUAAAUUUGUAAUUUGGAUCAUCAACUAACUUCACAAAAAUAGUUAAAUCUGCAGACAAAGUUUCAAAGUUUUGUUUCAAGCAUUGAAGUUCUUACAUGAUUAUGAGGAUGAGCUGUUCCAAUCAGAAGCUGCCAAGUGGGUUGAAGAAGAUUAAUUCUUUCAUGAUUCUUUAUAUUAUAGAUUAGUUCUUAACAUUUUUGAUGAAAGAAAGAAGGUAAAAUGAUGUCAAUACAAUGAUUUAGGUUUCUUGCUCUUGGUUUUAACUGCAAAAAUGAAGUAGAGUUAUGUUCAGAAAUUCAUUACUGAAGUGAUAUAAGAAAGGAAAUAUAAUAUUGAAGAACAUGAUGGAAAUCAGAAUGCACUAUUGUUCU